UAACACACACGCAAACAACACUCUCUUCGUAUAUUUUCUUUUCCUCUGUUGUUGUUUUUCUUCACAAGUAAACAACAAGUCCACAAACCUCAAAUUACAUACUUGUCCAUUUCUCAACACUUCAUCAUCAUAAUCGAAAUACCCAAAAAGGUUAAACCUGAAAAAGCAACACACAAAUCACAUUUCAUCUUCCAUUCAUCAAAUCAAAUCAAAUGCUGAAACUUUCACUCUCUCUUUAUCUCUUCCCUUCUUCACAGGAUAGUUUGUGACAAUCUGUUUUCUUCAGGAUUAGAUUUUUACUAGAAUUUCAUGCCGUUUUUCGCUACCAACUGAGAUCAGUUUAUUGGAAGAUUGCUAUUUAGAAAAAAGAUGGCAGCUGAGUUAGUCAACGCUGCAACAAGCGACAAAUUAUCUGAAACUGAUUGGGCAAGAAAUAUUGAAAUAUGUGAGCUGGUUGCACGUGAUAAAAGGCAAGCUAGAGAUGUUGUUAAAGCUAUCAAGAAGAAACUCGGAAGCAAACACCCAAACACUCAACUUUAUGCUGUCACGUUGCUGGAAAUGUUGAUGAACAAUACUGGAGAGCAUAUUCAUGAGCAAGUGAUUGAUAUCGGAAUUAUUCCUAUUAUUGUGAAAAUCGUGAAGAAAAAGUCUGAUUUGCCUGUGAGAGAAAGGAUAUUUCUCCUACUAGAUGCCACACAAUCAUCCCUUGGCGGUGCUUCUGGAAAAUUUCCUCAGUAUUAUCAUGCAUAUUAUGAUUUGGUGAAUGCCGGAGUGCAGUUUCCUCAAAGUGCUCAAGUGGUCGAAUCAAAUCAUGCUAGUUCACAACCUAGUAGUACUGGUAGUAUACCAAACCGGGAACAGGCUCCACCUAGACAUGAAGCGGUUGUUGUACCACAAGCAGAGUCCAAGACAGUUCCUGAAUCUAGCAUCAUUCAAAAGGCUGGUAAUGCAUUGGAAGUUUUAAAAGAAGUCCUUGACGCUGUUGAUGCUCAGCAUCCUCAGGGAGCAAGUGAUGAAUUCACCCUUGACCUUGUAGAACAAUGUUCAUUUCAGAAGCAAAGGGUAAUGCAUCUUGUGAUGGCUUCUCGAGAUGAGAGGACAGUUUCUCGAGCAAUUGAACUAAACGAACAGCUUCAGAAAGUUCUUGCAAGACACGAUGACCUUGUUUCUGGCAGAACUACAACAACAACUGCUAAUGAACCGGUUCCAAAAGUUCUUCCAAGACACGAUGACGUUGUAUCCGGAAGAGUUACAACAACUUCUAAUGAACAGUUUCCAAAAGUUCUUCCAAGACGUGGUGAUCUUGUUUCUGGCAGAGUUACGACAAAUGCUAAUGAACAACUUCCAAAAGUUCUUCCGAAACGCGAUGAUGUUGUAUCUGGCAGAGCUACAGCAACUGUUGCUACUCAUUUCGACCUCGAUGAAUCAGAGGAGGAAGAAGAGCCUGAACAGUUAGUGCGAAGAUUACGCAAAGGAAAGGCUUGUGCAAGACCUGAAGAUGAACAAACUGAAAAGGACAUCUCUCGCAUGCGUAUGAACGGGGAGAGACUCAACCGUCCUUUAAUACGGCCACUAUCCUCAGAACCAUCUCGAGAAGCUUACAAUCCUGCUCCUCCACCGGCUUUAAUCCCUCCUCCACGUCCAAAACAGACCGAGGAGCUUCCUCACGUGGCGAUUCCACCACCACCUGCAAAACACAUUGAGAGGGAGAAAUUUUUUCAGGAAAACAAGGAUGCUUCUAAUCUAUCUGGCCACUUGAGAGGUCUCUCUUUACAUAGUCGUAACGGAAGCAGCUCUCGCAGUGGAAGCUUUGAUUUUAGAGACUGAGAUAUUUAACAGCAAAACAUCUUUUAAUUUUUUUUUAGUUGGAAUUUGUAAGUUGUGAGAAGUUUGUGGUUUCUGUUGUAGUUUUGUUGCCUCUGGGUGACUUUGGAGAGGGAGAAAAAGAAGGAAGGACAUGUCUCCAGUUCUUGAAAUACUUGUAAUUAUAAAGCUUACAACACCAAAGUUUCAGGUGCUAGUGUGAUAUAAAUGAGAUAUAUAUUCUUCCCUGAUUUCUACUAA